UUCCUUUUUCCCAACACGUAAGGUAAGUCUUGUAACACGCACAUGAUCCAAUACUUCUCGAUUGGGAUAUUUCUUUUUCAGGUGUUGAUUCGUUCAGAUCUAUAAGUGGAGGAGCUAUCACUGAGCAGAGAGAGACAUCUCUCUCUCUCUCUCUCUCUCUCUCUCUCUGUAUGUGAAAAAAUGGAGAAGAAACGUUUAUGGGUUCCCACUAUUGUGGCACAAGUGUGUCUCUGCUUUGGUCUCUACCUUGCUUUUCAACUGGGUCAGCCUCAGAACUCUGUGAACCUCCAUAGAAGAAGUGAAAGCAGAGAUCUUUACUUCAUCAGCGUCAGAGGAGGCUUCAGACCUCUCAAGCAACAGACCCAUCUUCUCAAACGGAUGGAGAAGGUGGCAAAGAAGUACAAGGCAAAGUUUGUAGUGGACAUCAGUGAUCUUGGGAAAGAUGAUCCGCUCAUGCAGAAUGGUACCCUGCAUUUCUCAUCAUUAAAGGUUCCCUGGUAUACUACUACAGUUUCAGGCAGAUAUGGAGGGGGUUACUUCCAGAAGCAGAUAAGACUACCUUACGAGAAAACCUUAGACCUCAUUGGUGUGGAUACUGGGUCAUUAGAGGGGAAGGUUUUAAUCUCGGGAUCAUCAAGUGAGUUUGGAUUCAAUCAGUUACAUUGGCUGACAAGGACACUAGAGGAAACCAGUAGUGACUGGUGCAUAGUUGUUGGAUUCCACCCAUUGGCUAAAUGUGAAGAUAGUGAAGAGGGAAUGGAAGCAAAGCAAGUCUUUGAGUCUCUACAUCAUAGUUUUAUGAAAUAUGAAGUGAAUGCAUAUAUAAGUGAGCGGGGUUGCACUAGCGAUGUCCAACAAGGUACUCUGAGCUACAUUGGGAACCCGGGCUCAACAAAUGCACUAGCUUUUGUAAAUGAGACAUCAAUAUUUAGGAGUUUUAUCUUACAAAACACCGCAAUCCCUUGUAUGGAGUUAACAGACGGAUGCAUUUUUAUGUCUUCACUUUUCGGGUUUGCAGGUAACCUACUUUGUUAGCUUGAGUGGGGAAGUAGUGCAUAAAUCUGUACUCCAUCAGAAGGGUAAAGCAGUCAUGUAAAUUGUGUUUGAAGAGGAGCAGAUUCUACCCAAUUUUUUCAAGCCAUGGAUGAUAAACUCAGCUUGACACCAUUUUUUCUUGUGUAAUGUUUUUUUUCACCACAUCACUUAUGUUGUAUGUGAAAGGCAAGAGGUCAUUGCUUUGAAGCAAAAGCCUUUUCCUCCACCUUUUUGACAAUGGAUGAAAGUAUAUGUUACUUUUACA